AUGGACUACCUUGUUGAAGUUUUGAAGGAGACACCGCUUCCCCUCCUGUUGCUCGCUUCGGUCGCAUCAGUCGUGGUCGCCUUCUACAGCCUUUACGCCAUCCUCCACCUGAUCGCGCCGAAGCCCCGCGCAGUCCUCCCAUCCGAAAAGACAUACAUCACCACGACUCCAGACGGUAAUGAGACCGUCACCCGCCAGCUGCCAUGCUGGCACGACCGCUGGCUGGCCGAGCGCCAGAAGAGCGAGACCCAAGCCAAGCAGGACCCGAACGCCAUCCUCGCAGCCGACACCGGAGACAUCGAGCCGGCCCAGCUCCACGUGAGCGUCGUGUUCCCAGCCUACAACGAGGAGGACCGGAUCCUGCCCACGCUGAAGGAGGCCGUCGAGUACCUGGACGCGAACUUCGGCCGUGCCAACGCCACCCACCUCAACCCCCCGAACCAGCUUAAGAAGCCCGGCUCCAGACCGUUGAGCCCACGCCGACACCACUCUCAGCAGAACGCCCCGCAGCAGGACCUGUCCGGCUACGAGAUCAUCAUCGUCAACGACGGCAGCAGCGACAAGACGGUCCAGGUGGCCCUGGACUUUGCGCGGCAGCACGACCUCCACGACAUCCUGCGCAUCACCACGCUGGCCAAGAACCGCGGCAAGGGCGGCGGCGUGACGCACGGCCUGCGCCACGUGCGCGGCGAGUACGCCCUGUUCGCCGACGCGGACGGCGCCUCGCGGUUCAGCGACCUGGGCAAGCUGAUCGAGGGCUGCGAGGAGGUCGUUGACGGCAGCCAUCGCGGCGUCGCCAUCGGCAGCCGGGGCCACCUCGUCGGCAGCGACGCCGUGGUCAAGCGCUCGGCGCUGCGCAAUUUCCUGAUGCGCUCGUUCCACCUCAUCCUCACCAUCUUGACGCCGCCCGCCACGUCGCGCCUGCGCGACACCCAGUGCGGCUUCAAGCUGUUCUCGCGCGCCGCCCUGCCGCACAUCGUGCCCUACAUGCACGCCGAGGGCUGGAUCUUCGACAUCGAGAUGCUGAUGCUGGCCGAGUCGGCCCCGGCCGUGCCCGUGCUCGGUAGCGACGGCGCUGUUAUUGGCAGCAGCCCCGGCAUCAAGGUCGCCGAGGUGCCCAUUGACUGGCAUGAGGUCGGCGGCAGCAAGCUCAACGUCAUACAGGACAGCAUCAAGAUGGCUAUCGGUCUCGCCGUGCUCCGCGCCAGCUGGAUGAUGGGCGUAUACAGACGACGGCUGACUUGA